GGCAGGGGAGCGUCAGGGCCGGCUGCCUCGCCGCUCGCCCGGGAGGGGCUUGACCGCGCUCCUUGCGAGAAGGAGCCUCUCCCCGGCGAGCGGCCGCGGCCCGCCCGCCCGGCGGUGCCUGAAGAGCCGCGGCAGCCCCGGGGAGUGACUUGGCGGGGGGAGGAGAAGAGGAGGAAAAGAAAUCAGAUUGCCGAAGGGAUUAGGAAGGGGGAUGGGGAGGCGAAGCCCUCUUCUCCCCCCUCCCUCUCCGCACACACUUGUGAAGCUUUUCAGAGUUAUCCUUCAGCAUCAGUGGCACCGGCGGGCGAGCCCGGGGAAGCAGCGACACUGAAACGUGCUCGGCAAUCUGCAAGUGAGAUCACAGGGAGCCGAGCGGCCCUGCCCGGGGGACCCUGCCCCGUCCGCACCCGCCGGAGCUGCGCUUCCCGGCGGCGGUAGUUCAUAUACAUUAAUGUGUUUCUGAGUUUCCCCUUCUUCUUUUGCUUUCCCGAGCAAGGAAGGACGGGGCUUGCAGCCUUGCGGGAGGGCGUGCUGCCGGGCCGCCUGCCCUGGGCGGGCGAGGAGGGGCGAGAGGGAGGGAGAGAUGCCGCUGAUUAGACGAAAAGUCGUGCUCAUUCUCGGCUUCGUCUUCCUGACAACUUUCCUGGCUGCGGUGAGAGGGCUGCCCGUGAGGAAGCAGCGCAGCAACAGCCCCAAGGAGAGAAGCUCCAAGCUGGCGGAGGUCUCUGCCUCAUCUGGCCCCCGUUCGGCAGGGGACGAGGAGCUGCCACCAUCGGGCAAGGCGCGGGGCCUGAGGCGAAGCGGGCAGGCUGGCCUGCGGCGGCAUAGGCGCCGAGGGGUGGCUCAGCAGCCUGCCAGGAGCCCUGUGGUGCCACAGCCCAGCAGCACUGGCCAGGACGAGAACCUGCCUUUCAUGCUGGACCUGCAGAGCUUGCCGGGGCUAGCCAAUGUGGACCUGAGUGCCCAGAAUCCCAACAUCCAGGUGACCAUUGAAGUGGUGGAUGAUCCUCAGGCUGAGAUGGAGAUGGACUUGUUGAAGGAAACAAGUAAUGACUGGUCCCUGACAUCCCCUGAGUGGUUGUCUCACAAGGACCUCUUCUGGCCUCUUUUCUGGGAAUACACUGACCCCACUGAAGGGGAAGAGGAGGAAGAAGAAGAAGAUGAGGAGGAGGAAGAGGAGGAGGAAGAGGAUGACAACCUGGAUGUAGGGAACAGGGAGGAGGAAGAGGAGGAGGAAGAGGAAGAUUACACAGCAGAGUAUGAGGAGGAAUCAAUGCUCAGUGGAGUGGGAGGUGACUGGGACCAGCAGUGGCCCAGGCAGAAGAACUGGAUCUUUAAGGACAAAUAUAAUUACGACUAUGAAGACGAGGAGGAGUGGAGCCUGUGGUCCCCUUGCAGCAUCACCUGUGGCAGUGGCAACCAGAAGAGGACCCGGUCCUGUGGCUAUGCCUGCACAGCAACGGAGUCAAGGACCUGUGACCUGCCUCACUGCCCUGGAGCAGAUGGAGAAAUGGUCUUCCCCACAAAGGAGACGCCUUUCAAAAGCGACAACACCACAGAGCUCCUCAACUCAGAGGUGGACAGCUGUGAGAAGUGGCUGAACUGCAAGAGCGACUUCCUCACCAAGUACCUGAGCAAGGUGCUGACAGACCUGCCCAGCUGCCCCUGCUCCUACCCUCUGGAGGCUGUCUACAGUGCCGUCAACCUGCGGGAUGAGCAGCAGGGCAAGAGCUUCCGAUGGCGGGACGCCAGCGGCCCCAAGGAGCGCCUGGACAUCUACAAGCCCACAGCACGCUUCUGCCUGCGCUCCAUGCUCUCCCUCGACAGCACCACCCUGGCUGCCCAGCACUGCUGCUACGAUGAGCACACUCGCCUCAUCACUCGUGGCAAGGGAGCCGGCGUCCCAAACCUCAUCAGCACCGAGUUCUCCCCAGAGCUGCACUACAAGGUGGACAUGCUGCCCUGGAUUCUCUGCAAGGGUGACUGGAGCCGCUACCACGCCGUACGGCCCCCCAACAAUGGGCAGCAGUGUGCUGACAACCCCGCCGAGGAGGAGUACCUCUCUCAGCUGCAGGAGGCCAAGGAGUACUAGCCACAGCUAUGUCAGAGCAGCCAUGGCUGCUGCCGGCUCCCACCCCACCACAGCCUGGUGAAGCCCUGGCCCUGCCCGGGGGCUCCUCACUGUCGCUGGGCAGUGCAGGGAGGAUGCAGCGUCUUCCCAUUCCCCCAGAGGGGUGCCUUGGCCCUCCUUGGAUUUGCAAGGGUGCCAGAGGUUAUAAUGGUGUGAUCGUCGCCAUGUCACAUGGGGUGGUCCUGCACCCUGGGAUGCCUGGUCUGGCGCACAGGGAGCUGCAGGGAAUGGGAGGUGUAAAGGGAAUUGGGGGCUGUUCCUGUCUGCUUUUGUUCUCCACAGUCUUUCAAUGCAAACUGAAAGCUGAGCGUCUUCAGGGUGAAAUGGCCUCAGUUCCUGCUGGCUUCAUGCUGCAU